AUGGCCACAGCAGUGACGGCCGAGGCAGUGAUGCCCAAGGCUCCCUACGUCCCCCAGGAUGUCCAGCAGGUGUCCUCCAUGGUCAAGGCGCUGGAGGCUGCGACGAAGAAGGGCGGCAAGGAGAAGGGCGCUGCCAGCUUCUCCUGCAAAAAGAACUCCUUCUCCGUCAAGGGGUCCCAGGAUGGGAUCAAGGUGGACUCCUGGAAGAUGCAGGAGUGGGACUACAAGAAGCGCGGUCUGCCCACAUAUGCCCGCGGCCUCUUCACAACGAGAAACCGCCAAAACGAGCACGAGAUCGUAACCCGCGGCUACGACAAGUUCUUUAACGUCGAGGAGGUCCACGAGACAAAGUGGGAGAACAUCCUCAGCAGGACAGCCGGACCUUACGAGCUCACUCUCAAGGAGAACGGCUGCAUCAUCUUCAUCUCAGGUUUGGAGGAUGGCACACUGCUCGUGUGCAGCAAGCACUCCACGGGAGACCGCGCCGACGCAGAGCUCAGCCACGCCACUGCUGGCGAGCGUCUACUCGAGAAGCAACUGGCUGCUAUCGGCAAGACGAAGGAGGACCUGGCCCGCGAGUUGAGGGAUCGUAAUGCCACUGCAGUAGCCGAGCUUUGCGACGACUCCUUUGAGGAGCAUAUUCUCGAGUACGGCCCGGACAAGGCCGGUCUGUACAUCCACGGAAUCAACCUGAACCUGCCAGAGUUCGCAACAUACCCCAGCGCCGUAGUCCAGAGCUUCGGAGACACGUGGGGCUUCAAGCAGGUCGGAUUGAUCGUAAUGGAGGACGUCAACGAGGUCAAGAAGUUUCUUGAAGAUGUGGCAGAGACCGGUGCCCACGGCGGCCGCGACGUAGAGGGCUUUGUCAUUCGCUGCAAGGAGAGUUACAACCCAGAGAAGGCCGCCUACCGCGACUGGUUCUUCAAGUACAAGUUUGAGGAACCUUACCUCAUGUACCGCCAGUGGAGAGAGUGCACAAAGGCCAUGAUCUCUGGCCGCCCACCAAAGUACAAGAAGCACGUCAAGAUUACCGAGGAGUACCUUCUCUACGCCCGCCGUCGCCUCCAGGCAGAUCCUCAACUCGGCAAACUCUACCAGCAGAACCACGGCAUCAUCGCCCUGCGCAACGACUUCCUCGCCUUCAAGAACAUGAAGGGUUCCGACGCAGCUAACCUCGAGCUCGAAGAGCCUUCCAACGUCAAUAGUGAUGUCACUGGCGAUGUGAUUCUCUGCCCCAUCGCCACCAUCGGAUGCGGCAAGACCACGAUCGCGGUUGCUCUCACGCAGCUCUUCAACUGGGGUCAUGUUCAGAACGACAACAUCUCGGGCAAGGGCCGUCCUCCCCGCUUCACCAAGAUGGUACUGGACCUUCUCAAGGAUACGCCCGUCGUUGUUGCCGACCGGAACAACGCCCAGAAGCACGAGCGAAAGCAGCUCAUCACCGAUGUCAAGCUCCAGCAUAAGACCGCCCGCCUUGUCGCUCUCUACUUCAACCACGAUGACAGCAAUGUUGACGAAGUCCGCCGUAUAACCCAGGAGCGUGUCCUCGCCCGCGGUGACAACCAUCAAACCAUCCAUGCCGCCACAGAUGCCGAAAAGUUCCUUGGUGUGAUGGAAGGGUUCGUCAGCCGCUUUGAGCCCGUCUCCGCCUUCUCCCCUCCUGACAACGGCUUCGACAACGUGAUCCAUCUCGACCCAAUCGCUGGCAGUCGUGUCAAUCUCGAAAGGGUCAUCACUGAACUCCGCAAGAUGUACCCCAAUCUGAUCCCCGAGGUACCCUCUGCCGAGCGCCUCGACGAGGUCAUCCAGUCCGCCUUCAUCGAGUACAAGCCCGAGUUCAAGCAGAACAUCCCUGAUCGUGGCCCCCGCAAGCAGCCUCAGCAGCAACAGUCCAAGAAGCCGAAGAAGAAGCCCCUCGAGUACAUGUCUGUCGACGUCCCGGCCCAGGAGGUUCGUGGCGUCCUCGACGGCGCCUUCAACAAGGCGGGCAUGCCUCUCGCGCGCUUCUACAAGCAGCUUGUUCAGACACGUCGGGUACAGCCCAAGUUCCAUGUCACUCUGAUGCACCGCGCAAGCGCCAAAGAGCACCCGGAGUUGUGGCAGGAGUACCUCAGCACACACGCUGCCGCAGAAAGCCAGGUCGAGAACCAGGCUGACAUUCCCUCCUUGGGCCAGUGCGAUGUCGACAUGGAACGGGUGGUAUUCGACGACCGUAUCAUGGCGAUCGUCGUGCGUCUCGUUGACCCGAGCAACUCGGGCUUCUGGAGGUGCACCAAUGCUGUGGCCCACAUCACGGUCGGCACUCGUGACGACACUGUCAAGCCCAAGGAGAGCAACGACCUGUUGGCGCGCUGGCUGGAGCAGGGUACUGGCGAGGAGACAGGUAUCAACGAGCUGGUCUUUGACAACAAGCCGAACUUGCAUGGGGUUGUCAGGGGUGUCCUUUCCAGAUAG